GUCAACCACUUUCCGGUUACUUCUUUCAUUGCUACUCUCUCUCUUCUCAUUCUUUCAGAUGGUUCAACUCCACCUACAAAUAUAUAUAAAUACCGAGUGAGAUGUAGCGAACCGCUUUCAUCAUCUUAUUGGAACCACAACAACAACAGCAACAAACAAACUGCUAGCCAGAUACCAAAUAGCACAGUCUAGCUAAGACCAACAACAACAACAAGAAAGAGGAAAGAAGAAAGAAUCUCAACCCCCCAAAAAAAUUUAAACCACAGACAAAUAAAGUACACAAGUAGUACUAGUACUUUAUUUGAGCUUUAAUUAAACUUCUUUUUUCCCCAAAGCAGCCAUGGCAGAUGAAUAUCAGACAAGCGGUAACUGGUGGGAAUCAUCAAGAACAUCGAGGUUCGAAGCCGGUACAUCACCAUCUUCUUCAGCUCUCAAUAGCUUAGGUAGCUUUGGAUGGUCUUCCACAGAUAUGGUGGAUAGUAUCAAAGCAAGGUCUCCCAUGGAUUCUGUAUCUGUCUCUGGUACUUCCAUGGUUUUCCACGAUAUCCAGAAGCCACAGCUUCAAGGCUCGGAUUCUUCCGGCGGUGGCGGCGCGGCCGAUCCCAACUUGCAUAUGAUGGGUCUAGGCCUUUCUACUCAGGCUAUGGAUUGGAAUCAAGCUUUAUUUAGAGGUGAAAAGUCAGCAGAGAGCAGUUUCCGAUCAAUUCUACAAGAAAACAUGAACGCCAAUGCAAACUUCCAGCAAGAAGGCGGUGUGCAGCAGCAGCUUCAAUGGAGAGAUCACAAGUUAUUUGCAGCAGCAGCGGCAGGAGGGGAUUCAACGUCGAACAGAUCAGCAGGAGGAGGAGGAGGAGGGUUUUCUUUAGAUCAAUCGUCUCAGUUUAGCCCUCAAUAUAGCUCGGGCGACAGCACCAUAACUUCGAGUUUUCAGAUGGAUUCAGCUGCUGCUGCUGCUGCAGCGUUGUAUGGAAAUCAAUCAACCAUCUUACAAGGAUUGUUUGGUGGAACUGAUACUAGUAAUAACAAUAACAAUAAUAAUCAGCAAUCUUCAAGCUCUAAUAGUUUUCCUUAUCCCGCAACUACUUACGGAAUCGGCUCUAUUAAUGAACUCCCUCAUCAUCAUCAUCAUCAUCAGCAGCAGCAGCAGCCUUCUACUUGGUCUAAAGUACCUCAAUUUCUUAGAACUGGUUCACCACCAAAGCAGCAGCAACAACAACCUUACAACCAUUUACACUUUUCUAAUAACGCUCCGUAUUGGAAUGCGUCUGAAGCAGCCAUAAAAGAGGUCAGACCGGGCUUUUUCCCGUCAUUGCAACCCCAGUUUCCCACGCAAAGCUUCGAGGAAAAACCAAAGAAUAUAUCAGAGGUUAGGGAUUCGAGUGCAGCAGCAGUGGUGAAGAAAAGUGGGAACGAAGCCGCAUCGAAAAGACCUCGAAAUGAAACAGCAUCGCCUUUGCCAGCUUUUAAGGUGAGAAAAGAGAAGAUGGGGGACAGAAUCACUGCGCUCCAACAAUUGGUUUCGCCUUUCGGAAAGACUGAUACAGCUUCAGUGCUCUCUGAAGCUAUUGAGUACAUCAAGUUCCUCCAUGAACAAGUCACUGUUUUAAGCACCCCAUACAUGAAAAGUGGAUCCGCCAUACCGCAUCAACAGAGUUCAGAUAAAUCAAAGGAUCCUGAAGGUCCAAAGCAAGAUCUUAGAAGCAGAGGACUAUGUUUGGUGCCGGUAUCGAGCACAUUCCCAGUGACACAUGAAACGACGGUUGAUUUUUGGACACCAACAUUUGGAGGAACUUACAGAUAGAGAUGAUCAAGAAAGAAAGAAGAAAAAACAAAAUGGUGGAAUAUGAAAUUUUCUUUUCUUUUUUUUUUUUUUUUUUUUUUUUUUUUUUGAUCUCUCUUGAGGAGGAGGGGAAAGCUAAGAUUGAAGAAGAACCUAUUCUCUGCAACUAGCUAGGUAUAGUAGUGUUGUGAUAUCUUAAUCAAAACCCUAGGGCAGGUUGGGGAAUGAUAAGAUGAAAGGGCCAAAAAAAAAAAAAAAAAAAAAAAAAAGAAAAAAAAAAGCUAGCUAGCUGGGCAGAGAAACAUAUAUGCCCACAUAUCUGUACCAGUCUCGGAUGGAAAGGAUAUAAUAAGAUUGGCGAAAGAGAAAGAAAAGGAAAUGACCCUCCCAAGGUACAUGCCGUUGUUGGGCCAGCUACAGGCAAAAUGAUGCACGGUUUGCCCAAUAUUGGGACCAUUUGGAAGCAUUUUAAUUUGUUGUAAUAAUUGAUGAAUUAUGAUUAGAGAGGUGGGUUAGGGGGAAUGAGAAUAGAUGCUCAACUUAGGGAAAAAAAUGUUUUUUUGUUUCGUUUUGUUUUGUUUUUUUAAUUAGUUUUAGAGAAACCCAAAAAAUUGUUGUUGAUUAAUUAAUUAACAGUGAGAGUUUUAAUUAGUAGAAGAUAAAGGAGCUUUUAUUCCUUUGUUGCUAUAUUGUGAAUAGAGCUGGCACCACCUUUAGUUUAAGAGGGAAAAAAAAAAAAAAAAAAAAAAGAAAAGAAAAAAUGGAAGGGGAAUAAUUGAAUUUUAGAAUCGGGAGGAUGAGUGAGUGUGGGGAUGGCGUUUGAUUGAAAUCUCACUUUUUGAUUUGUUUAUGUGUUUGGAAUAUGUUAGUGGAAGUCAGAAGGUGGCCCACAGUUUCCUCCUUUUUGAAGAUUUUUUUUUUCCCUUUCAUAUUUUAUA